UUGAAGAUUAUGAUUGCAUCCUUCCUACCUUCUGAGCAAAUGAGAAGAUGUUGGCCAUAGUCUAGAAGAUGCUUGGAAACACCCAGUUGCUCCUCAGCUCGAUGGCUUCGAUUCCUACAAAGACUCGCUGAUUGCUUUUAAAAAAAGAGAGAAAAGAAGGGUCACCCUUUGUCAUCUCAUCAUGCUUCCAAUUCUGGCUUAAACAGCUCCCUAAAAUGCUCUUUCUGCUUCUUCUCUGGUUCUUGAAGGAAAAUGUUUGUGGGAACUUUAGUGCUUUGGUUUCUGCUCAGGCCAAUGAAAGACGGGUGGUGGCCUACAUGCCGGGAGAUAUUAUCAUCGGGGCUCUCUUCUCAGUCCAUCAUCAGCCAUCCGUUGACAAGGUCCACGAGAGAAAAUGUGGAGAGGUGAGAGAACAAUAUGGGAUCCAGAGAGUGGAAGCAAUGCUUCACACCCUCGAUCGCAUCAACCAGAAUCAAACUCUGUUACCCAACAUCACCUUGGGUUGCGAAAUACGGGACUCGUGCUGGCAUUCGGCAGUUGCGCUUGAGCAGAGCAUUGAAUUCAUCCGCGAUUCCCUCAUCUCGGCGGAAGAAGAAGAAGGGCUGAUGAAGUGUGUCGAUGGCUCUACGUCUCUCUACCGCUCUAAGAAGCCCAUUGUCGGUGUGAUAGGUCCCGGGUCCAGUUCCGUGGCAAUCCAGGUCCAAAAUCUGUUGCAGCUUUUCAACAUACCUCAGAUUGCCUACUCGGCCACAAGCAUGGACUUGAGCGACAAGACUUUAUUUAAGUAUUUCAUGCGGGUGGUGCCUUCGGACGCACAGCAGGCCCGUGCUAUGGUGGACAUUGUCAAGAGGUACAACUGGACGUACGUGUCUGCAGUACAUACAGAAGGAAACUAUGGUGAAAGUGGGAUGGAAGCCUUCAAAGACAUGUCAGGUAAAGAAGGGAUCUGCAUCGCUCAUUCUUACAAGAUCUACAGCAAUGCCGGAGAACAGAGUUUUGAUAAAUUGUUGGAAAAGCUCAGAAGCCACUUACCCAAAGCAAGAGUUGUCGCCUGUUUCUGCGAAGGCAUGACAGUACGAGGACUGUUGAUGGCAAUGAGACGCUUGGGGCUGGCCAGUGAAUUUUUACUGCUGGGCAGUGAUGGCUGGGCCGACAGGUAUGAUGUGACAGAUGGCUACCAGCGCGAAGCUGCCGGUGGAAUAACAAUCAAGCUCCAGUCUCCAGGUGUGAAAUGGUUUGAUGAUUAUUACCUGAAGCUUCAGCCAGAAACCAACCAGCGAAACCCAUGGUUUCAGGAAUUUUGGCAACACCGGUUCCAGUGCCGACUGAAGGGGUCCCCACAGGAGAACCCCAAAUUCAACAAGACCUGCAUCAGUAAUUUGACCUUAGGCACCCAACACGUGCAAGAUUCCAAGAUGGGUUUUGUGAUCAAUGCGAUAUACUCCAUGGCUUAUGGCCUCCACAACAUGCAAACGACCCUGUGUCCAGGCUACGCGGGGCUUUGUGAUGCCAUGAAGCCAAUCGAUGGACGGAAACUCCUGGAUUCGCUGAUGAAGUCCAAUUUCACCGGGGUUUCUGGAGAUAUGAUCUCGUUUGAUGAGAAUGGAGACUCACCAGGACGGUAUGAGAUCAUGAACUUUAAGAAAAUGAAGAAGGAUCAAUACGAUUACAUCAUUGUCGGAAGUUGGGACAACGGUGAGCUGAAGAUGGUUGAUGAUGACAUUUGGUCAAAGAAAAGUUCUGUCAUCAGAUCCGUGUGCAGUGAACCAUGUGAGAAAGGAGAGAUUAAGGUAAAUCCACCUGGUUUGGAAUUGCCAAUCCCACUGACUCCGUGA